UUUCGCUUGGCAUCCCCAGCAGCUAGCGCCUCGCGCGCGCUCACGCGCAAGUCGGCCGCGUCUCCGUCUGUCGCUCCCUUUUCAAAUCAGUCUAUGGAGCCUGUGGCUGGUUUACCGCAGCGCCGCAUACAGUAUGACUCGCACAUGCCGACUUCGCCGCUGCAAAAGCUCGUGCUGUCAGUCACAUCGGCGCUGACUGUGUUCGCGAACCCGGAGCGUGGCGACAUGUUGGCAGCGUUAGGAGAAGUCACAGGCCGCGACGCGCUUCGUCGUAUCCACGCGCGUAUGUGCGCCGACCCCGUGGGAGCGCGUAUCUUGGCCGAGAAGCCUGUAAUCCGCAACGAUAAGAUCGACAUGGACUACCUGCGCGCGCUGCCGGAGGACUCAUUCGGCCGCCGCUAUGCCACGUUCAUGGAUUCGCACGGUUUUGACGCUGACGGCCGCUCACCUGUACGAUUUGUGGACGACCCGGAGCUCGCGUAUGUCAUGCAGCGUCACCGCGAGCUGCAUGAUUUCUGGCACACGCUAUUCGACGUGCCCCCAACGGAGCUGGGCGAGAUUGCGCUCAAGUACGUCGAGAUGGCGCAUUCCAAACUGCCUGUGAGUGCUCUAAGCGCAUUUGUAGGCCCGCUGCGUCUCUCCAGCGAGGAGCGCUGUCUGCUUGUGAAGGUGUAUGUGCCCUGGGCCAACCGCGCGUCCAGGAACGCGCACUCGCUGCACUGCGUCAUGUAUGAAGAGGAGUUCGAGACGCCAAUCGAGAAGCUGCGCCAACGACUGAACGUCGAGGUCGCUCCUCCACUUCCUGACUCGUCUGAGCACUACAAACGCCACAAAAACGGCACGCCCUGA